AUGGAGGAGCUAAACGUAACAACAAUUUCUAAGUUGGCAACGUUAGGAGGUGAAGAAUCAGAUGAAGAAUCGGAUUUCAUUCCGUCCUUUACAAAACCUACACGCCUUCCACCUUCACUGUCGACGCUGGACGUAGUAAAUGAAAAAGUUGAUUUACUAGAGGAUAAAGAAUGGCUAAUUAGGAAUAAGCGUAGAUCAUCGACCACUUCCACACUUCGAGAUCAGUCAGAACAUUUUAAUGACCAUAAUCAGACCUUAGGAGGCAGAAGAGGAAGCUUGAAACUAAAUAAUGUUGAUAAGAUUAUCAAAAUGUGUGCUAUGGCUUGUGCAUGUACCUUUGGAAUAGGGAGUCAUUUUGUCUCUCAUGUUAUUGGACCUAUGAAGGGAAUAUUAAUGGAGAAACUUAAUCUUACAAACACUCAAUUUUCACUAUUAGUCGCAUCGCUUACUUUAUGUAAUACUAUAAUUCCAAUAGUUUCAGGGUUACUUGUAGCUAAAUUUGGUACAACUCGAAGUUCUAUUGUUGUAACUACCGUAAUUUUAAUUGGCACACUUAUUGUAACAGCCGCAGCUUGGACUGGUAGAGUUGGAUUAAUGAUCUUUGGGUUUAUAAUAUUUGGCAUGGGGUUGGCGCCUUUGACAAUCGUCCAAGAAACAAUCAUUGUUCAGUUUUUUCAAGGGAAUGGCUUGGGAUUUGCUUUAGCUGCUGGUAUGACAUUGGGAAGAUUAGCAUCAUUUCUCGCAACUGUAUUGGCUGUACCAUUGUCCAUGGUGCCAUCAUUUGAAUAUCGUAUGCCUUUCAUUGUAGCCACAUUUACAUGCUUUUUAUCUUGGAUAAUGAAUAUUAUAUAUGUAUGUCUUUUAAGGCAUGCUAAUAAUAGAAAUCGCUCAAAGGAAGGAGUUGCAUUUUAUCAAGUAGUUGAAAAUAAAACAGUCCAUUGGCAUGCUAUAUUUACACUUUCCGACAUCUUUUGGUGGUCAUUAGUUGUAGGUGUUUUAUUCGGUUCUUGCGUAAUACCAUUUCUUCAUUUAUCCAGCAUUGUUCAUCCGUUAUCACCGAUCCUUCUUUUUGCUAUUGCCUACUCCAUAGUCCCACUUACUAUGGUUACUCUUAUUCCAUUGCUUACAAAGCAUGUGUCCACUGGUCUUGGACUUCAUAAAAGUGUAGACAAUCUUGGUGCUACAUUAUGCCAAACAAUAGCUGGUUUGUUGCUUGAUGCACAUGCAACGAAAAAGACAUAUAUAAUAGAUGAAAAUGGUGUUGAAUUAGGUCAUGAAGAUGACGAUUUAGUUGCGUUGAAGAUGUUUACAGUUUUAAGUUUAUUAGCUGUUGUGAGCUGUUGUUUAUUUUGGUGGGCAGAUAAAAAGUACAGAGCAGGGAGUCUCGACUCAAUAAAUACUGGUCACGAUAUUCAUGAUAAUAUGGAUUACGGACAAUUACGUGAAAAUGAUGAGGUAAAUAGUGACGGGCGAAUACUCUCAAUGAGCAUGAUCGAUCAAACUACCCUUUCAAAAACAGCAAUAUUAAAAAAAAAGAAAAGGACCACAAUAUAUAUGUGGAUAAUGGGCCUGAUGCUUUCUAUAUGUUGGAUUGUCUUUGGAGUGGUUGCUUAUGAGAAGGCUGGAGUACAUGCGACUGCCAAUGUUAAAUUAGAUAGUGCAGUUGGUGGGGAAUGA